GUGCCACUUUCAGGUCUCCUCACACUGCUGGUGUAUUCCAUUUUUUGUCAUAGGGUGCUGGCAGAUUACGGGCUUCCCAUAGCUGCUGCCAGGCCCCUAAUCUGCCAUGGGCCCCUAUAUACCGCCUCCUCAUGCUGCUGCCAGGUCCAGAGUGAGGUCAUGGGUCCCUGUACGGCCUCCCAUUGCUGCUGUCUCCAUCGCCCACACUCUGCCAUGUGCCACUUUCAGGUCUCCUCACACAUGCUGGUGGUUUCCAUUUUUGUCAUAGGGUGCUGCAUGGCCUCCCAUUGCUGCUGCCUCCACCGCCACACUGUGGCUCCACACUCUGGUUUUGGCCCCGUGACUGGCCCCAAAUGAGUGAAGUGUGCGGUGAUUCUAAGAUCGACGGCACUCAUCUGCAUGUCAUACUG